AUGCCGCAGAUGCGGAGCAGCCGGACACUGGGCAAGGGAGUGCAACAAUCAGAGACUCAUUUUCUGUUGGCAGUGUGGAAGGAUUGGGAAGAGAACAAAAGAAUGUUGUUGGAGUUCGGGAAACGAAAGGCGGUUCCAGCCUAUCAGGGGCGAGCAGGGACCCAGCCAACAAGCUCCUCACCACUAAUAGGCCAACUAAUAGAGGAAGAGGAUCAAUUGUCGGCAAUCAUCGAAGUAGCAGGAGUCCAGAUGAAAGCGACAAUUGACUCCGGAGCCACGAGUAGUUUCAUCAGCAAGCAGAUGUUGGAAACAGUGAGGAAUAAGGGAAAAUGGGAGAACACACACAAACAGGUAUACAUGGCAGACGGAAAGGUGCGAGACAUUGAAGAGCAAUGGACAGGAUACGUGAGAUUUGGGGACAAGGAAAUCCACAUGCCAUUCCUGGUCAUGCCAGAAGGAAUAGAUGCGCUGAUACUAGGGUGGAAUUUCCUCCGGAUUAUGAACACAGAGAUAUCGUGUGGAGGCCACAAAGUGCUAAUACCGACAGUCAAGCGAAUACAGGGCAGGCUGGUAGAAAGAAUAUCCAUCAUGGUCACUCAGAAUAGUGAUCAACAAGAAAUACAAAAUUUCCUAAAUCAGGAGUUGAAGGAAUUAGGGAAAGUUGAGGGACUGUCAAAGGGCAUACAGGAAGCAGGCGAACGAUUUCCAGAACUGCGGCAAGAUAUUAUUGGCCAGGAAUGCAACGAGAUAUCAGGAAAUUCGUGGGAAAAUGCACAACGUGUCAGCAAUACAAACCCAACCAACAGCAAGCAGCAGGAAAAAUGCUGGCGCAAAUACCUGAUGAACCAUGGGCCACUGUUUGUGCUGAUUUCGUCGGACCACUACCACGGUCGAAACAUGGAAACUCAAUGUUACUGGUAA